CCGGGUUGUUGAUUAUCAUAUCAAAUCCGGGAGAAUGACAAUGAUCAUUAGAAACCCACGCGGGGCACCCUGGGGGUCGAUAUCGGGUUUUAUCCUCACUGAAGUCCGACGCAAAGCACUUGUCCAGACGACAGUGCAAUGUAUCACUCAUGUGGGCGACUGUUACCGCAUCCGCAUACCUUAUCUACAAGCCAAACGCCAGAGAAUCUCAAACCUUUGAUAUCGGACUGGGACAUAUCAGCCUCCACCACAAUGCUACAUCAGACGCCUUUCAGGUGCAGCAUGAUGCAGUCCCCGCGUUCUCCUCAUCCCAUUCCAUUUUCCAUCCACGCGAAAAUACCGAUUUCCUCUUCCACUACACGCAAUCAGGCGCUAGAGCGAUUCGCCGAGAAGCGGGGCUCCGAACCCGUUACUGUAGGGUUUCAUCGUCGCCCACCCCCACGUUAUCAAGUCCGGCUGCCACCACGCCCGGAUGUAAUCUGCCUAAUCCAUCCUAUCAAACAAUGAUACCAACAUCUGCUACAACCUGAGGCGUCCAACGACGGACACUUCCACUUAUCAGAUGUGCCAUCCCGAAAUGUACUCGUCCCAAGAACCCCCUGCUCUUCAGCCAUGUUUCUCCCCGGGAUGCAGAUCCACGGGUAUUGAACGGGACAGAGAGUAGCGCAACGGCAAUGCUUCGCCGACCUUAUUCGUCGGACGGAUGAGCCGUUACGCCUGCAGCAGAUAGAUCUUCAGGUCGUGGGCAGCAGCAGCAGCAUCCAGAUAAGGAUAAGAACCCCCGGGAAUUGAACUAACCAUGUUUUGUCUAGAUGAUGUAUAACAUCAGGUCUUGUCAGUGCUCGAGUUGGUCUUACGUCUUUCGAACGACUCGGCUCGGGGAGAUAACAUCUAGAGAUGGGGGAUCUCUGUGCGUCAUUGGAACUACCUAUUCGAUAUCAAGGUCGUGCUAUACAUACCGCAUCACGAGUCCAGACACAGGUGCUAUGAUGCCGGCGAAUGACCGGAUGUAGUCGUUGUAGUGUAGUACGUCCAGGGACUGUUUUACCCUUUUGGGUAGGAAGGCGCGAUGAACAAUACACUGUCAAUUUCAGUUCAGUUGCCAUUAAUAUCUUCGUGGCUUCCCC